CGAACUUUCUCCGCCAACACAUCCUCACACGAUGAAGUCCAGGAUAUGAUACUAUGACUACAUUUGUUCGGUCUUCGCUGCUCAUCUUGCAUAUUUCUAUCAACGCAUCACGGUUUACGAUGCCUAGUACGCUUUUCUCUGUCUCCGUACGCCUAAGUCAAUGGAAUACCUUUCUGGGGACCAUCUGAAUUGCUCAAUCCCUGGAACGCCGACAAAAGGCUGUCAGUGCCAAUGGCACCAAAAUCCCGCGCUAUAACGGCGAAAGCGCUGCAAUCACUACUCGUACAUAUCGGCGCACCAUCAUCAGGAACAAAGGCAGUACUCCAAGAGCGUUUCCAACGCGUUAUCGGAAAGCCUCGACUUCCUGACAGCCAAUCACCAUGGAGAACAUUAGAGUCCGCAAGCAAGAAAUUCCGCAUCAUGAGCAUCGAUAUGGGAAUCAAGAAUCUGGCGUUCUGUGAGGCAGAAGUUUCCUAUCCGUUCACGAAUAGCCUAGAUGCGGGAAUGGAGAUUCUUAGAUGGGAGAAGAUCAAUCUUACUAAAGCCACACAUGAUGACAUUCACGAACGAUCAGAAGUUACAACUACAGAGCAAGAUACGGCGAGUGCUGAUGAAGAGUCAGACCCAUACUCUGUGGAUGCUUUGUCCAAGACAGCGUAUGGAUUGCUCAGGAACACCAUUCUGACAGGGUCACCAGAUAUCAUCUUGAUAGAAAAGCAGAGGUGGAGAUCUGGCGGUAGCAGUGCAGUGCAACAGUGGACUCUCCGCGUCAACACCUUAGAAGGCAUGUUGUGGGCGGUACUGCAAACUAUGAAUGCAGAGCGGCUGAAUGGGGGAGCUGAAGCAUUGGGUACAGGAAAUGUGUACGAGGUCUUCAGUGCAGAUCCGAAACGUGUGGGACAAUACUGGCUCACUCGGGCGACUAGGAACUCUCCGGAAAUGGACGAGAAGACCGAUAGAUCCAGGGAUGGUCUAGAAGCGGGAAGCGGAGAGGAAGGAGACAAGUCAGUUGCAAAAAAGAAGCCCAGUCGAACCAAGGCAGAGAAACAAGCCAAGAUCGCUCUCCUUCGCUCAUGGCUCACUUCAACACCUGCUUCCACAGCAUCUGUAACACGCGAUUCGAUACCAAGCAUAAUGUUCAGCAUAACGCCAGGCGCCGAAGCUACCCGUGAAGCGCUGUGCGGACCACUAGAGUCAAGAAAGCCUAAGAAAGCUAAAAGAGUCUCAACAGAUACACUUCCCACACAAGGUCAACUCAAGAAGCUGGAUGAUAUCACAGACUGUUUCUUACAAGCUGCUGCAUGGGUUAGUUGGGAGUCAAACCGCCUACAGCUUCAGGAGGUGUGGAAGCGGAAGAAGGGUGACGAUGAAACUAGGUUAGAACUGACGGAUGAGGUCUUGUUAGAGAUGGUUCAGAAGAUUGGGGAGUCUUGAUACCAGUUGCUUGACCUUCCCAUCAACCGCGAGCUCAUGGCGACUAGACUAAGCAGACUAGAAUACCUAUAAUGCGUGCGAGCUCAGCUGAUGAUUCGCCGAGCACUAGGACAUACUGUAUCGUGGUGCUAGAAGCGUAUAAAAG